UAAACUACCUAAAGAUACAUCUGCAACGAAGAAACUCUUGUUCUGUCUGACGUAAAAAAAAGCUAACAAUAGUUUUCUUCAGAAAGAUUUUAAAGAUGAUAUCAAAGAAGUUAGCCAUGUUGGUGGUCUUAGCUUUAUUGCAUCUCCUCUACAUGAAAGCUCCAACAUCUACUCUCUCUUAUGACGACAAACCACCGUUCAAACAAAACGUGCCUCUUCUUCCUAGAACCACUGGUUCCAUGAGUACUACUACUAGUAGUAGUAGCAGUGUGGUCUCUGAUCAACAAGAAAAAGAGGAGUCAGAUCCGUUGGUACCUCCUCCUAAAGCUACCAAGAGCGAGAGAAUCAGCUGGUUCAGGAGAAAGCUACCCGAGUUGGAGAUACUCAAGUCAACAACCAAGAGCAAGAGAUUCCAUAGAAGAGUAUUGGAUCUGUACAACAAGAACUGCUCAGCUCAGUUCUUUAUGGUUUGGCUAUCUCCUGCCAAGUCCUUUGGACCGAGAGAGAUGUUAGCCGUUGACACCCUCUUCACCACCAACCCUGGUGCUUGCUUGGUGAUUCUGUCCAACUCCUUAGACUCACCCAUAGGACACACCAUCCUUAAACCUUUCAUUGACCAAGGCUUCAACCUCGUUGCCCUAACACUAGACAUCCCGUUCCUCGUCAAGAACACUCCAGCAGAAGCUUGGCUCAAGAAGCUAAAGAGCGGUAAGAUGGAUCCUGGCUCCAUCCCUCUCUUCAUGAACCUCUCUGAUCUAACGAGACUCGCUGUGCUCUACAAGUACGGAGGAAUCUAUCUAGACACAGACAUCAUCUUCCUCAACUCCAUGACCGGGCUGAGAAACGCAAUAGGAGCGCAGAGUCUGCAUCCUAAAACCAAGACAUGGACAAGACUGAACAAUGCCGUGAUGGUCUUUGACCUCCACCAUCCCCUCAUGCGUGAGUUCUUGCACGAGUACUCCACAACUUUCGACGGAAACAGAUGGGGAUACAACAGUCCUUACCUGGUCUCCAGAGUCAUCAGUAGGUUAGGACACAAACCUGAGUACAACCUAACGAUCUUUCCACCAGAUGCUUUCUACCCAGUGAACUGGCUUAAGAUCCCAAGUCUUUUCAAGAAACCGGCGACCACAAGAGAAGCAAAGUGGGUAGAGAAGACGGUACAUGAGAUGAACAAAGGUAGCUACAUGAUACAUCUGUGGAAUAAAGUCACAAGGAAGAUGAAGAUUGAAGAAGGAAGCGUCAUGCAUAGACUCAUCUCCACACACUGCACUGUCUGUGGAAACAUUACAGAGUCUCACUCUUAAAAGCUUCCAAGCAGAGACAAAAGAUGUG